AUGGCAUCACGAGGGAUUACACCCACAAAUUGGCUCCUUAAAGAGAAGGAAAUGGUGUUUUUUCUGCGCCGAGUAGCCCCCAAAAAGACUUCCGGGAAGGUGGUUGUUUUUGGUGCAACGACGGUGGUGGGUCAACCCCUUUUGCUGCUCUUGAAACUCUGCCCACAUGUAAAGGAGAUUUGCUGCUGUGGGCCUUUAACAAAGGUGGAUCCUGGAGCCAACUUUAUCACGGCGCGUGGCGUGGCUGCGGAUCUUUCUCACAUUGAUACCAACACCAGUGUGAAGGCUUUUGAAACUCCAUGUGACUGGGAAUCAGCACUGCGUGGGGCUCAACUUGUCUUGUUUUGCGCUGGAAGCGUCUUCGAUCCGUCCAGGGCUUAUCGUGAUGUGGCAUUGAGGGAAUCUGGUCCAGAAUUGAUGUUGGCCAUGGAACUUGUGGCAAAAGCAUCCCCAAAGGCCAUUAUUGGUGUUGUUUCAAGUCCCGUGAAUGCGCUUGUACCCAUUGCAAGGGAGGUGUUGGUGCGCAACGGUGUGUUUGACCCGCGUAAACUGUUUGGUGUCACGACUCUUGACAUCAUUAGAACAAGAAGUCUUGUGGCAGAUGAGCUUCAAAUGAAUCCGUACGACUUGAAUGUACCGGUUGUAGGUGGUAGAGGAGGUGUGACUGCAUGUCCUCUUGUGGCACAGACUGCAUUGCAGAUUCCCCAUGAGCGUAUUAUCCAUGUGUGUAGUCGGGUUCAGUCAUAUGGAUCUCACUCCUCUUACGAGGAAAGUGUGGGUUUUCCUGAUUUGUGCAGUGAAGAGGCCGUUUCCACGGAAAUCGUGCCACCGGUAGGUUUGUCACUGGCGUACGCCGUUUUGGAGUGGUCUGUGUCGAUGCUGAAAGCUCUACGAGGGGACCAAGGUAUCAUUGAGUGCUCGUUUGUGGAGUCCGCAAUGAGAAAAGAGUCACCGUUUUUUAGUUCACGUGUUGAACUUGGCGAGGAGGGUGUCGCGCAGCUGCUGCCAAUGGGUCCAUUGACUUCGUACGAGACGGAGUUGGUGGAGACUGCGGUGCCAUUUAUAGCGGAGGAUGUUGAGGCGGGGUUGCGCUUUGCAACUAAAAAAUCGGAGGCGGACUUGUAG